AUGGAUAUAAGUAUUGAAUAUUUGCAAGAAUAUCGUGUAGUACUGUAUGAAUAUACUAUAAACAAUUAUCACUAUUACAUGGCGCUUAUCUCAUGGAUAGCUUAUAUUACCUUACUGACCGGUGCAUCUGCUUUAUUUUGCCAAUGUAUUGCAAAGCAAGCUAUUGGAUCUGGUAUUCCGGAAUUAAAAGUUAUAAUGUGUGGUUUUAAAAUGAAAAAUUAUUUAUCAUUGCAAACAAUGAUUGGAAAAAUUUUUGGUUUAACACUUGCGCUUGGUAGUGGGCUUCCGGUUGGUAAAGAGGGACCAUUUGUACAUAUAGGAGCAAUUGUUGCAUCACUUUUAACACGAAUUACUUCCGCAUGCCGAUAUCAAGCAUUUUUCUCAAGUGAAGGUCGUGAAAUGCAAAUGCUUUCAUCAGGUUGUGCAGUCGGUAUUGCUUGCACAUUUUCAGCACCAGCCGGUGCAGUAUUAUAUGGCAUCGAAUCAACAUCACGAUUUUUUGCUGUUCGAAAUUAUUGGCGUGCCUUUUUUGCAACCACAUGUAGCGCACUUAUUUUUCGUUUUGCUAAUGCUGCUAUUAUACCACCAGAAAUUGCAGGUACUAUAACAGCAUAUUAUCAAACUUAUUUCCCAAGUUCGGUAUUUGUUGUCGAAGAAUUGCCAAUAUUUGCACUUAUUGGUGUAUUUUCGGGUUUAUUUGGUGCAUUAUUCGUAUUUAUACAUAAACGAAUUGCUAUAUUCAGGGAGAAUAAUCGCUUAUAUUUGUAUAUUUUUGGGAAAAAUCCAUUAUUUUUUACACUCUUCAUGGCAGCUAUCGUUGGUAUAGUUACAUGUCCGGAUGGUACCGGACAAUACUUUGCUGGAAAAUUUACAUUUCGUGAAACAUUAGCAGAUUUUAUUGCAAAUUGCACAUUUAUAUUAUCAAAUAAAACAGCCGAAGGUUGCUCGAAGGAACGAUUGGAACGUUGGAUUGGAAUAAAUCAUGAAUUUAGUGCCUUAAGCAGUCUCGCAAUUUAUUUUUGUGUUUAUUUUAUCCUCGUUGCAAUAUGCAUAUCAUUGGCGGUACCAGCUGGUAUCUUUGUACCAUCUUUUGUUAUUGGUGCAUGUGGUGGUCGUUUAAUUGGUGAAAUAAUGGCACUAUUAUAUCCUCAAGGAUUACGAGGUCCUGAUGGUCCACAAAUUUUUCCAGGACUUUAUGCUGUUGUUGGAGCAGCAGCUUAUACAGGAUCAGUAACACAUUCACUUUCAAUUGCAGUUAUUGUAUGCGAAACAACGGGUCAACUAUCACCUUUAUUACCAGUACUGAUUGCUCUAAUGAUUGGUAAUGCAAUAAGUAGUUUUCUACAACCAUCAAUUUAUGAAAGUAUGAUUGAAAUUAAAAAUUUACCACAUUUAGCUGAUUUACCUCCUUCUCGGAUUAGUGUUCAUAAAUUAAAAGUUGAAAAUAUAAUGAUUCAUGAUGUGCUAUGUAUAACAAAAUCUACAACAUAUGGUGAACUCAGGGAACUUUUACUAGCAACACCACAUUUGCGCUCAUAUCCACUUAUUACUGAUUCCAGAACAAAAAUUUUGCUUGGUUCAGUAGCACGAAAAUAUUUGAAUUAUUUAUUGUACGAAAAAUUAGGCCCAGAUUCAAUGAUUGAUCGACGACGAAUUAAUACUACGUCUGAUUUAUUAAAUCAUAUACGACGAAAUUCACGAUUAAGUAAUAAUAAUUUAUUAACGGAUCGUAAUAUUAGUGGUAAUACAUUGCUUGCUAAUAGUCCAUUACAUGAGGAUCGUCGUGGAGAUAGUCCAUUAGCACCGUUACUUCAACGUCAAACUGAUGUUGACAGUCAUGUGACAAAUUUAACUGUCCGUCAACGUGCCUAUAUUUUGCAGCAUCCUAUUAAUUUGGAUGAAAUUGCAAUCGAUCCAGCACCAUUUCAACUUGUCCUUGGUACAUCAUUAUAUCGAGUGCAUACAUUAUUCUCAUUACUUGGCCUUAAUCAUGCUUAUAUUACAAAUCGUGGAAAGCUUAUGGGUGUAAUUUCAAUCAAAGAACUUCGUAAUGCUCUUGCAAAUAUAUAUAGUCGUGGUGCUAUUCCAACUUAUUCAGUGCGCAAAAGUACUGUGACAUCACCGCAUAGAUUAUUAAUUGAUAAUGGUAUUAUACAACGAAUGGUAACAACAGUUGCUACUCAAACAUUAUCAGAAGAUCAGAUUAUCAGUGAUGUAAAUUUGGAAUGUUAA